CACAGAACCCUGACCCAGCCAGUCCCUUUAACCACUUGAUUGUGAGUACUUCAUUGUUUCUUCAUUCAUAGUUCUCAAACUUAACUGCACAAAGCCAGUUCAGUUCAUGUACAUGCAGUUUUUAAACUGAACCGCAUGUACAUGUAUUUUUUUUUAAUGUUGUUUUUAAAUGGUUACUGAACUGUAUAGAGAAUUAUGUUAACACUUCUGUUUUUCAUUGGAAGAAUGUUUCAAAGUAUAUUAGAGGGUCAAAUUCUGAGAGUAAAACCAUUGGAAGGUUUUAGGAGGGAGUAGGAAAGUACUAGUCAUGGUUUGGUUCAUGAUCGUUAGUAGAGCCUCCAGGGAAGAAUGCUGACUUAUCUCAACAUCCACACCCACACUCGCCACUCUCUCUGUACUUCCGUCAGCAGAAAGACUGGCUCACCAAACUAGACUCGUCUCUCACCAAACUAACUAACUAACUAACUCCCCCUGUACACAAACACACAGGACUGGAGAACACUAAGACCCUUAGCUCUCUUUCCCCCCCUUCUUUCUCUGCUUUCUCCUUUCUUGGAGCUGCACUGAGCUGAGCUGCAGGUCGAGGACUUCCCCUCUUCUUUCUCUUUUACCUAAACACACAAUCAUUAUUCUAUCCCAUCCUAUCUUAUCACAGACACAAACGCUCUAACAUUCCUUUCUGUCCAAUCACACACAUAUGAUACGUUUUAUUCCAUCCUAUCAUACACACACGCAUGAUGAGGUCACCGUACUUCCCGGCUCGCUCAGUACUGUUCCGUAAGGAGGAGAAUGGCGUGACCUACCGUGUUCCUGCGCUGCUCUACCUCCCCUCUUCCUCCUCCUUCCUGGUGUUCUGCGAGGAGCGUCUGAGUCCCUCCGACUCCCAGGCACACCUGCUGGUCAUGAGGAAAGGCACCUUCUACAAGAACUAUGUAGAGUGGGAGGGCAUGCGUGUGUUGGGCUCAGCGCGACUGGAGGGGCACCGCUCCAUGAACCCGUGUCCCGUGUACGACGAGUUUACUGGCACGCUCUUCCUGUUCUUCAUUGCCGUACUCGGCCACACCUCGGAGGCCCACCAGCUGAUCACCGGCAAGAACCUGACACGUCUCUGCUGCGUCUCCAGCAGCGACCAUGGAGACACCUGGAGCCCCACCAUUGACCUCACCGUCAGGGUCAUAGGAGACACCAUCACAGACUGGGCCACCUUCGCCCUGGGCCCGGGUCACGGCAUCCAGUUGAAGUCUGGCCGGCUGCUGGUCCCGGCCUACGCCUACCUCAUCACCUGCAGGGAGUGCUUUGGCCAGGUGUGCCAGACCACGCCCCGGGCCUUCUGCUUCUACAGCGACACCCACGGCCGCACCUGGCGCUUCGGGGAGGCGGUGCCGGGGCCGGAGAGCGUGGAGUGCCAGGUGGUGUCUGUGGACGAGGAGGACGGCAGCAACGUUCUAUACUGCAACUCCCGCAGCCCGCUGGGGUUCCGCGUGCAGGCGCUGAGCCGGGACGACGGAGCCACCUUCCAGGAUGGCCAACUCGUCCGCAGGCUGGUGGAGCCUAGGAACGGUUGCCAUGGCAGCGUGGUGGGGUUCCCUGCCCCCCUCCACCUCCACCCUUGCCCCACACGCUCCAGAUACUGGACCUCCUGCAGGAACGGAGGAGCCCCAGAACCCUGCACUGCACCCCCCAGCCCUGACCCCAGCCCUGACCCCAGCCCCGACCCUGACCCCAGCCCUCAGCCAGACCAGGCCCCCAGACCCAGCCCCGGCCCGGCCCCCAGCCCUCCCCAGAACUUCCUCACCCCCACAUGGGUGGUGUACUCCCACCCCACUUGGCCCAAUGCCCGGAGGGACUUGGGAGUGUACCUCAGCCCAUUCCCCCGAGACCCAGACAGCUGGUCCGGCCCCUGGGUGAUCUACGAGGGUCCCAGCGCCUACUCUGAUCUGGCCUGGCUGCUGCUGCCCUCCUCUGGAGGCCCCUCCUCCUCUGGAGGCCCCUCCUCCUCUGGAGACCCCGUCCCGUCCUCCUCUGGAGGCCCCUCCUCCUCUGGGGGCCCCUCCUCCUCUGGGGGCCCCUCCCCCUCUGGGGGCCCCUCCCCCUCUGGGGGCCCCUCCCCCUCUGGAGGCCCCUCCCCCUCUGGGGGCCCCUCCCCCUCUGGAGACCCCCCUGCUGUGGCCUUUGCCUGCCUGUUCGAGUGCGGAAGCUACACGGCGUAUGAUGAGAUCUCUUUCAGCAUCUUCACCCUCUACGAGCUGAUAGAUAACCUCCCCAGGAACACCCCCUGGGACCACACACACACACGUCCAGGCCACCACACACACACACGUCCAGGCCACCACACACACACCCCUCCACACACACGGCCGGCCCUCGGGACACUGAGACCAGCGUCCGGUCGUCGGAAGCUGUCUGACCUCUGCUCUGUGUCCUAGUCACAUGUUGUUAUGAGUCUCACAGCAUCCUGUUAAAAUCACAUCUAGAAACACUGAAUCAUGUUCUAAUAUUAUAGAUCUAUUUGAAAACGGUUAUUUGUGGCUACCUAUGAGUCAAUCCAUGCCUUGAUGUAGCUUGAACACUGAAGAGAAGUUUGAUCAUGUUAUGGGGGCUGAGAGGAGAGACAGACAGGCUGAGAGACAGGGUUGAUCAUGUUAUGGGGGCUGAGAGGAGAGACAGACAGGCUGAGAGACAGGGUUGCAUGAUGUGUUGUGAUGAACAGGCA